CUGCGCUUUCUACCCGUUGGUGUUCAUCUUCAUGUUUGUUCGUUGCAUUUCUAUGUGGUCGAAAUUUGGUGUCUGCCCUUUCUAUCGGGUGGUACUCGUGUUCUUCGUCUUCGUUGGCUGCGUUUCUAUCUGGUCGAAAUUUCGUCUCUGCCCUUUGAGUGAGUUAUAUCUGGUGGCACUCAUCUUCAUCGCCUGCAUUCGUUGUGUUUAUCAUCAGCAGUUGCACUACUCGGGUAACCUACGUGUCUAUUCGUACGCCACUGCAUACCCUGUGUAUUGCUCGAUCCUCGACAACUUUGGCCUUGACUCGAUAACAAGUGUGAUGAACGCCUCGAAUAAUUGCUGUCCCAACAAAGGAGUUGGAGUCUUUGGCGCGUAUUCGCCGGUACCCAUGCAGUGACAUAUAACGGGAUGGAACAACGGACUCAGAGGCUGCCCGUAAAUCUAACGUAGUGACAUCACGAGCCUCUCUCACGCCUCAAGGCCUCAAGAACUGUCAUUGCAUUCGCUGUGUAUACGCCUUCUAUGCGCAUUGACG